AUGUACAAUUCUAAUGAAUUCUUGCAUAGCGCUGGCGUUAGCCGGCACAUGCAAGCGACGGGGGAGACCCCAUCGCAGAAAACCAGCAUGAAACGUCGAUCAUGCGAAGUUCCUUUAGGAGACAUUUCGUCUAACAAUUUCAAAGUAUCCUUAGGAGAUCUUAGUUCAAGUGAAGGGCCAAGUUACGAUUGCCGAUCCCUUCGUUCGGUAAAGUCCGAAGAUGCCCGAUCAGUUCGAAGCUAUCGACCAAUAGAUAGCCGUAGUUACAAAAAUUUUCGGUCGUCAUUGGCUGAUAUUUCUGGGUACUCGUUAUCUAGACCUCCUAGCUAUGAUCAGCUGUCUCGUAGGUCUUUAGUAGAAGGUCCAGAGGGUCAGGGUAUUACGUCGAGUAUUGAAGGCGUGCUGUGGUCUGAUGAAGAGGAAACAGAAUACUUCUACCAUGAGAACAUUACUUCGGCGUGGAAUGAAGGAAUGAAGAAUGAAUGA